UUAGUCAAGAUGGCAAAUCCUACACACCCGGAGUGAAGGGGCACCGCUCCCCCUAAAACUGAGCUUGUCGCCCUGUCCUGAGACUAAACGAUGCAAAUUGCGCCAAGAAGCCUAAGGGGGAUUCCCUGAAGAAAAUGCCAGUGAGGGUGAAGCUGAUGUGACACAGCUUGUGCUGGAAGAAAGCUGACUCAUCAAAUAUCAAGCCUUCUGAGUGCCACUGAGCACCUGAGAGCCGCUCACAGCAGCUAAUGCCCAACUAGAAAGAAACGCUUCACAUCCCCUACAUUGGAGAUUAGCAGACAGAGACGGCCAGGCACUCACAGGAGAACAAGUGUGCAGAAAUCCCACUAGCUGUCAGUACCAGCAGGAACAUAUCCAACAACAGCUACAGUCCAAAGGCUCAACAGAGGCUGUUCUCCUGCUGUUCCAGCCGCUGCCGAAGGCAAGAAUGACACCUCAGAACUUCAGCUGAACUUCACUGACUGAGACGCCCUCACCACCCUGUUGGCAUUAACAAUCACCUGAUCAGACCAGAUCCAGCCUUGGCGACAGGAAACCCCGUCAGGCCCAACCCAGGUGCAACCAGAGGACUGCAGCAGUUGGUGGGAGGGAGCCUGCUCUUUGAGUUGCUCCCCACACUGUCCUCUCCCGUGUGGCGCCAGUCAGCCCCCCGCCCCUCAGACCAUGAUGUUUCGUGACCAGGUGGGCGUGCUAGCCAGCUGGUUCAAGGGGUGGAAUGAGUGUGAGCAAACGGUGGCUCUGCUGUCCCUGCUGAAGAGGGUGAGCCGGACCCAGGCCCGCUUCCUGCAGCUGUGUCUGGAGCACUCCCUGGCUGAAUGUACCGAGCUGCAUGUUCUGGAGGGAGAGGCCAACAACCCAGUGGUGAUCAGCCAGUGGCAAGGUGAACCAAAGGAACGCGUCAUCUCCCUCGUGCUCACCCACCUCCCUCUGCUCAAACCCGGCAAUGUGGAGGCCAAGGGCGAGUACAUGCGCCUGCUGCCACGCAUCCUGGCCCACACCAUUGAGCACGGCCGCCAUCUGGAGGAGUCCCGCCAGCUUCUGUCCUAUGCCCUCAUUCACCCUGCCACCUCCCUGGAGGACCGCUCUGCCCUGGCUCUCUGGCUCAAUCACCUGGAGGAGAGGGCCGCUGCCAGAGGAGACUCACUGGAGAGACCGCCCCCUGCUGGCCCCCACCAUCCCCACCACCAGUCCACGCCUCCAUCCACCCUCACCUCGUCAGGCUCUUCCUCCUCCACCAACACAUCCUCAUCAGGCAACCUCUACCAUCUGCAUCACCACCAGCGCUAUGGCUCUGAUGACCGUCUCAACGGGUGGCAAGGCUCCAGGGAGUCAGGGCUGGGUGGAGGCUGGCAUCAGCAGCAGCAGGGCUGUGAGAACGGGCACCUGCUGCUAUACCCAUCAUCCUCUGUGCCUGCUACCAUCAACACAGUUGGGACAAGUGGAGGCGGUAACACCAUCCUGCCAGGUGGGGGUGGUGGCCAGCAGCACAGUCCCUUGAAACGAUCAGUGUCCCUCACACCUCCCAUGAGUGGCCCCAGCAGUCAACCUCUAGGCCACGUCUGGCUAUCCCAGGAGGACCUACGGGGUCCUAGAGGCCCAGCCCCAGACCAUGCACCCCUCUCACCCCAGAGCAGCAUCGCUUCCUCUGGCAGUGGAGGCAGUGAGCCUUUGGAUGAGGCUGGUCUGGGAGGAGGAGGUUCUGCUCUGCAUCGUAGCAGCUUCCAUGAAGAGGGCAGUGGCAUGAGGGAUGUUCCAGCGUGGCUGAAGAGUCUCCGUCUCCAUAAGUAUGCUGCUCUCUUCUCCACUAUGACCUACGAUGAAAUGAUGUCACUGACUGAACAGCAACUGGAGUCACAGAAUGUUACCAAAGGAGCGAGACACAAGAUUGUCAUCAGCAUUCAGAAGCUCAAAGAGAGGCAGAAUCUGCUACGCUGCCUGGAAAAGGAUGUGUUGGAGGGCAGUAACCUGCGCGCCCCCCUGCAGGAGCUCCAUCAGAUGAUCCUAACACCCAUCAAAGCUUUCAGUGGUGGUGAGGAAGCCUCCGCACAGCGGCCACUGCUGAGCCCAGAGGGCAAGAGUGCCGCGCCUGGCUCCCACCUGGGCGGAGGAGGCAGUGGUGGGGGAGGAGGUGGAGGGGAGGCUGAACCUGGGACCAGUCUCAUUGCUGAGGGUGACUUGCCAGGCCAGUUCACACGAGUCAUGGGAAAAGUCUGCACCCAGCUACUGGUGUCUAGGCCGGAUGAGGAAAACAUCAGCUCCUACCUACAACUCAUCGACAAGUGCCUUAUCCAUGAGUCCUUCACUGAAACGCAGAAGAAGAGGCUGUUGUCAUGGAAACAACAGGUCCAGAGGCUGUUCCGGUCCAUUCCGAGGAAAACCCUCCUUGACAUGGCAGGGUACCGACAGCCGAGGAGCCGAGGCUUUGGUCAGUCUAACUCCCUCCCUACCGCUGGCUGUGUGGGGGGCAGCGUGUCGGCCAGGAGGGGCCUUCGUCAGUUCCAGAUGCCUUCCAGGAGCCUGCCGGGCGCCAGACUGGGGCUCCUGGGUAGCGGAGGGCUGCUGGGACCUACAUCUCGCAGCUCCAGCAGCACACCCACGGGCCUGAAACAAGGGAGACAGGGCCUGUGGUUCGCCAACCCCGGGGGCAGCAAUAGCAUGCCCAGCCGGACACACAGCUCUGUGCAGCGGACUCGCUCACUGCCGGUUCACACCACACCACACACUAUGGUUAUGUUCCAGCAAGCUGAUCUUCAGUUACCCGUGACGGAGCCAGACAUCAACAAUCGCCUUGAGUCUCUGUGUCUGAGCAUGACAGAGCACGCCUUGGGAGAUGGCGCUGACCGCACAUCAACGAUAUGAAAUGAGGACCUGAGGGAGAGCAGCAAGACAAAGCAGGUGCAUGAGGCUCUCUCACGAUAAGUCACCUCGAGGUCACCAACCCUCCCGUCCCCUCACCCUGUAGCCAAUGGUAGAGCUCAACCAAGGGACUGGGCGGGUUCCAAGUAACACAAGAGAGCCGAUCGGCAAACGGCUAACACAAGCUAUCACACCGGCACUUUCCAUCGCGUUGGAAAAAACACAUCUCCUGCUAUCCCAGCAUGCUCACAGUCAUCUGGGUCUGGGUGAGGAGAGAGGAAAGCAUUGAAAAUGGCCUGGGCAGUGUGUGAAGAGCGCCCCCCGGGAGGCCAAUAGAAGUACUCCAGUCCAGUCAGCCUCAGCAGAAUGGAGAAGCUGGGCUGUGGAUCAGGGCCCAGUGAGACUGAGGCGAGACAGUUAAGCCCUUUCCCUCUCCAACCUUCUGGUCCCAGCACAGCGACCACAGCUCCCAGCACUGUCACAGCAGGUGGCAUUUUUCAAAACCAUAACAGUACCUCAGACCCAAAACAGACAAGACAAGCAAAGCAAAGGAUGCAGAAAGAAGUUUGGGAUUUCGUUGACUGUUUGAGUGAGAACUGAGUGUCCGGUGAGGAUACUCGCAGAGCUUGGGAAAGCCUCUUGCUGAGUAUUGGGUGGCAAAAAUCAUUUAUCUGUAUUGUAUGUAUUUAUUGUUUACAUAAUGAUGCUACUUUGAAAGGGUACAGACACAUGUAUUAACUUCAGGUAUGAAUGUUGUGAUUUUUCUGUAAAGCCUUGGCAUUUUACCAUAGUAGCUUUACAUCCCAUGAGUAGCCAUCAUGCUAGUUUACAACCAGUGUGCUUAUUCUUUAUUUUGCUCGCCAACAGCCAAGCUGUGUUGGCCUGCAACUUUACUGAGAGAGAGGGGAAGGAGGAACAGCAAAUGUUGUAAAGAAUGAUUAGAGAGAGUGAUGUGGAGAAAGGAGAAAGACAUGGAAAGUGGAAAGAAAAGAAUUAAGCGAAGAGAAGUGAUACUGGAAAGGGAAGCGGAUGUUUAAAAAAGAAUGAAGUCAGAGGCAGGACCUUUGAUUGGUCGAAGAUGGUAGUGAAAGAUGGUGUCAAGUCCAGUCAUGUUGUGAGCCUAUUCAAGUGAGCGUGUGCCGGAGGAAGUGAAUUUGGUCAAUUACAUAUUGUUUCUAUAUAGCAUGUAUGUACUCUUUGAAUUUAUAGCCUUUGUAGGCACUAUACAUUGAAAAUGUAGGCUUUUAUAUGUUUAAAUGGGAGAUCAGUACACCUUUAUUGUCUGGGGAUCUGUCUGCAUGUUCAGAUGAUGGGUGUAGUUAUUUUUCAAAAGCAGGGUGAUAUGCUUAAACUGCAUGUUACAACUAAAUAUCUUCACUCAAAAAUUUGAGUGAGAAUAGAAGAUCAAACACAAAUAAGAGGAAGGUGAUGUGGUUGUCUCAAGCCAUGUUGCUGAGAGGGUUGCAACAUGGGAGAUAUUGUCAAUCCAUGAAGGGUUGUGUUCCCAGAGAUUGUCUCAUUAGUGCUUACCUCCACCUGCUGGCCAAACGCAGUCUAGGCUGGACAGAAACUGAAGUCCAUAGACACACAGGCACUCUGCAGAUGCCUCCAGACAGGAAACAAGGAUUAUUACCUGGAGAAAAGGUAAAUGAUGGCCAGCAUUUUGGGCAAAAUCAAUGCUAGAGGAAUAAGUACUGGCUGCAAUAAUUGCCUGAAAGAUUGCCUGUGUAAGAUGGCUCUCUGAACAGUUAGUUCUGUCAAAGUAGGCCUACAUUGAAUUUGUUUUUUGUACUUCUGAAUUUCAUGUUUAUUCUUUGUCUUAAUAUUUAUCCGCAGUUUAUUGUGUCUGGAUAACAGACUUCAUAAGAUUAGGUUUAUGUUGAAAUAAGCUGGUUAGUAAAAUCUCCUCUGUGUCCCUUUCAAGCCUCACAUCACUGAACAUGUCCCUUGUGCUCCCUGCAUAGGCGAGCUCCUCACUCUGGUGGCCUGAGAGGUUUCACAGUGUCCACGUUGGCACCUUUCAGAUCAACGUAGACCAGUUUGAAAUGUGAUGAUGGAGGUGAUCAGUUGUUACAGUUUAGAUGUUUUUUUUAUUAUUAGUUUCUUGUAAUUCUUGAGUACUUCCUUUGUAUUCUGCACUUGCAUGUGCUGUGAUACACUAAAAUGUUUGAAUGGCCAUCCAAACUCAGCUCUGAUGACACUUUGUGCAAUAGAGUUGGAUCAAUCUGAGAAGAGAGGAGAUGACUGUAGGGAAGGGUGUUGGCCAAAGCAGAGUCUCAGUUUGAGAAGACAGAGUGAUAAUGUUUUGAAACUACAACAAAUCCUGCAGGAGAGGGGAAAUGGCCCAGUCACUACUUGUUGAACUAAAAAGGAUCCCUCUAUGUCCAAACGUGGAUGUUUGGGUUUAACACAGCAGAUGCAAACGUUUGCCUACACUCGCAAUGGCUAAAUAUGCAGAUAGAAAUCUCUUUUGGUUGGGGCUGAACAGUCUCACCCAGUUAACAUGGAGCCCUCUGACUGGGAUAUCUGGGGCCCAGGCUGCCAUUUUGCUCCAUUUAAAAUGGGAAGUUGGUUCAGUGUCCUCUCAGAUCCACUGAGAGCCGCUCCAGUGAUAGUAUCCAUAGGAUAGGAUCCAUGCCUCUCUUUAGCAACACACACACAUACACACACACAGCACCACACUAAAGGCAGUGUCUGUGUGUCAGUGUCAUUUACCACACUGUAUUUUGAUUGUUUUUGCUGCUCUUUUAGCCAUUGUGAAUCCAUGGUGUGCAUAGAAAAGGAGAUUACACCAAACCUUGAAUUUGGCAUGGAUCCAUUUAGAUCCUGAAUGGGAAAUUACUUUUACAGCUUCAAUACAGCACGUGGUGGUGGUGGUGGUGUUGUUUUCUUGGAUGCUCCUUGUUGAAAGGAAGCAUUAGGAUCUCAUUAUAUUCAGUCUUUCAGUGUCACUGCCAUAUGAAUCAAUACUAAAAGUAGAUGCAAACAAUUAUUUAUUCUUUUUUUCCAUACCUGUUGCAGAGGUGAUUCUUGUACUCAUUUAGAUGUAUUAUUAUUUAAAGUACCAUAUGUAUUAACAUGUUAUGGCUGGUGACCAUACGUACAUCUCAAAUAUUAACAUAGUUAUUUUGACUUUUUAUUUUUCUUUUUUUGGAUCUAUUAUCAUGUCUGUAUCUAUUAGUGUCAUGUUGAGAUUUGUGAAGUUUUGGUAUUGGUAGCCACCCGUGUGGCAUGCAGCCGUGCCCCUGAAGAUAGGAGCCAAUCUGGGGGUGUUUGAUCAUAAAGUUCAUGUAGAACGAGCCACCAGCAAGGUGUGUGUGUGUGUGUGUGUGUGUGUGUAUGUGUAUGUGUGUGUGUGUAUGUGUGUAUGUGUGCGUGUGUGUGUGCAUGUGUGUGUGUGCGCACGUGCACUUGUGCUUGCGUGCGUGUGUGCGGGGAGAGAGGAUGUAACCCUUGGUGUGACAGAAAUGAAACUGGUUAAGUCCAUUCUGGGACUUGCAGUACUUCUGAAUCAACUUACUGACAGGCAGUUGCGCCCAGACACCGACGUGAGGUCAGUCAGGAUUUGUGAAUGAACUCUGAACCCGGAUCAGUAACUUUAUGUUUAUGAGUGGGAGGGGCUUAUGGGCGUCCAACAGGGUUGGGUAGGUCACUUUAAACCUUUCUGUCAUUAUAGUUAUACUCUCCAAAUUAUAACCAGGAAUGUAAUGCAAGGGAUUACCCAAACUCAGUAAUGUAGUGUCAUUACUUUCAGUUACUUCAAGAUUACUGUGCCAUAUGUGCGGCAUAACUUUACAGUUAAAGAGUGUAAACUUACAAAGUUUAGGAAAGUAAUUUCAGGUUUGCAUAAAAACAAAAUUGCUACUGUGCUGCAUUUUAUAAACAUGGAGAACAUUAUCCUCUCACUUUGUUGCCUAGUACUCACAGAUGUAAUCCUCAUUUGUCACAACUCUGUGAAGACAUCAUUUUUUUUAGGUAUGUAAUGAAAUAAUUUUUGUAUUUAUAAUAUAUGAGUGUUAUGAGUAUUGAGUGUCCCGUUACUACCCAACCCUGUUUUUUCCAAAAGCAUUUCCAGGCCAAAGGUAGAGGAGCAUCAGAGCGUCAAUUUUAGUUUGACCUGAUCACAGAAAUCGUCUGUGGUGGGAAGCUGGAGGGUUACAGUCACAUGUGGCUGCUAGCAGGGAGUUUGGAUCACUACUCAUCUCUUCAAACCAAAUGCUUUAUUUUUAUUUUUCAAUGUGCAUAUCAACUCUGUGUGCAUCCUGGGAGUGCUUUUAACACCGUACAGUACAGUAUUAACAGUUAGAUAACGCCUUGAUAUUCCAAAUACAAUAUUUAAUGUACCUUAAAUCAAUACAUAUAUGCUGUUUUUUUUUUAUCAUUCUUUUGUUUUUGUCAUAGAUUCCACAGUUUAGUCAGUUUAUGUCAAUAUGGGAUGCCAAGAUGUUUUGUAAAUUCGACAGCAUCCACUCUGUAAAGGUUUUACCGCUUGACUGUGCUCCUUAUUUUGUUUAGUUUUAUUUUGUUAUCAAAGAGCCGAUGUCCUGUAUUGACUGCAGGCUUACGUAUAUAUUUGACAAAAGAAUAUUGUAUGUUUAAUAAUAAAAAACACACAAAAAGGACAAAAAAUGCAAGAAAAUGCUGAAAAAAGAAAAGGAGAAAAUUGAAGAAGUGUAAUUUAUAUUUUAGAAAUGCAUGCACAAGGCUGGGAAAGUCAUAUUUAGAAUAACAAAUGGCAGUGCCUUUUUUGUACUCAAAACAUUUACCCCACAUGUAAAUGGUUUUAUAUGGAUUUUAAAAUCUAUAAUAUUACAGAAACCAGCUUCAGCUGUGGUGGGCUACAUUCACACUGCAGGUCUUUUUGUCCCACCUAUGUGGCAGACAUUCGAUGUUUUACGUGCAGUUUGAACAGAAAGACACACACAAAAAAAAAAAUCUUAAUUUUUAUGCCCAAUUGGUACAAGGGUGACAAAUGUUUUCCUAAACCUCAAAAUCAAAAUUGUGCAUUUGACCAAAAAACAUGGAGGACGACGACUCAAGCAGCCUCAAUUCAAAACAAAAUGAAUAAAACACAAUCGACGUGGGUUCUGAUCCCCUGCAAGAGAGACGAAGAGGCCCCACAACAACACUUGACUGCCGUGUCAAUGAAAACAAAGCAACAGCCGACACGUGCACCAUGAAUGAUGAAUUCCCCCCUGUGGGCCAGCCACUAACUAUUAAUAUCACCUUAUUUUAAGAUAUUGGUUGGUCUCUCUUGGCCAAAUCAGUGUAAUUUUGAAUACAAGAACACAACAGAAAGAUGCAUCUCAAAAUACAAAAAAACAGGUGCAUCUCAAAAUCAGAUCAUUGGUGUCUGAGCCGUCACUCCCUGAACUUCCAAAAACAUUAUUCAAGAUCAAGAUCUUCUGAAUGUCAGACUGAUGGACCCACGGGCCGAACCAAAGUCAGGGAGCGAAAACUGAGACCCUCAAAGCCAAAUUCAAGGAGGUGAAAGACAAGCUAUCAGAUGUGGUUUGUUUUCAAAAUAAAGUGAACAGUCUGACUUAAAAAAAAAAAAAAAAAAAGGAUCUUCUAAUCAAAAAUGGGCACCGAGGCCUGUGGUGUGAAUGUAGCCUCUGAUGGUGUUGGUGGUGAACUCAACCAAUCCACUGCCAGGAGCCGUGACGAGAUCCUGGUGAGAACUGGUCAAGUCGAUCUGUUUUCGGCUGGCGCUGUCUGAUGCCCGCCUGUGUUUCUGUACUCUGUAGGUACUCCUCAGUGCUGAUAUGAAGUUAUGAAUUAUUCUGGUCUGUACAAAAAAAAAAAAAAAA